AUGUCUUAUCGCAUUGAGAUCGCCAAAACUGGCCGUGCUGGCUGCCAGGAUACCCUAUGCAAGAAGACUGGCGACAAAAUCCAAAAGGGUGAGCUACGUUUCGGUGUCUGGGUUGAUUUGCCCGGAUCCGAAAACGGAUCCUACAGAUGGCGACACUGGGGCUGUAUCUCCGGCAAGACCGUCGCCAACCUUCAGGAGAAGAUCUCCGAUGGCGAUGGUGAUUAUCAGUGGGACAUGAUCGAUGGUUACGAUGAGUUAGAUGAGUCCCCUGAGAUCCAAGAAAAGAUCCGACGUGUCGUGACUCAAGGUCAUAUCGAUCCCGAAGACUUCAAAGGAGAUCCCGAAUUUAACAAGCCUGGCCACCCGGCUAUUCGCGGUCGUACUAACUCUAAGAAAAAGGCGAAGGAUGAUGAGGUCAGUCUAUCCAUUGUGUUCCGUUUUUCACUUCUACUCACAUUUGUUAAGGACGAGGAAGAGGAAGCCCCCAAGAAGGCUGCUCCCAAGAAAUCUGCGAAGCGUGGCCGCAAGAAGGCAGAUGAGGAAGACGAUGAAGAAGAUGAUGCCCCACCUGCUAAGAAGAAGGCCACCAAAGCUAGCCGCAAGCCUAAGAAGGUAGCUGACGAGGAUGAGGAUGAGGAAGAAGAGCCAGAAGAGGCUGCGCCUGUCAAAGCUCCUGCCAAGGCCCCUGCUAAAAAGGCUCGAGGUAAGAAGGCUGCCGCUAAAGCUCCAGCCCCAGCCCCUGAAUCUGGCGAUGACGAGCAAGAUGAGGAACCAGAGCCUGCCCCCAAGGCCAAGGCUAAGCCCAAAGCGAAGGGCGGUCGUAAGGCUAAGGCUGUUGAGCCUGAGCAGGAUGAAGAAGACGACGAGGAACCUGCCCCAAAGACGGCGCCUAAGAAGGCAGCACCCAAAGCAAAGGGUGGCCGCAAGACCAAGGCCGCCGAAGCUGACGAGGAAGAAGCUGCUCCUAAGCGUGGCCGGGGUCGAGGUCGUCCCAAGAAAACGCCGGACAAUAUAGUUGACGACGAUUUCAAGAUGCCAUUCCUCUCCUAG